UCUACACACGCUGCUAUGGAGGAUGGAGGAAGCCAUUCCACUGUGACUGAAUAUUCUGAGGUUGGGAUCUCCAGAACCAGAGAGCAACAGUCUCCGAAAUCUACACACGCUGCAAUGGAGGACGUACAGUUGAAUUUAAGUGAAUCUCCGGAAUUUGAGAUGUCAAGCACCACCGAGCAUUCCUCUCUAGGACCUACGAAGUCAGAAGUGAAGAAAUUGGAUUCAAACCAUUCUUUUCCCAUGGACAAAAAAAACCUGCACAAUAUGGGUUUGGUUAACUACACUGAUUCUGAUGAAUCCCAGGAGCUAUCCAUAAAUCUUUACCAAAGUACUAUCCCAAAGCUCAGGAGAACUAAAUGUAUGCAGGUCAACAGCACACUUAGCCGUUAUCAGGUGGGAAAUGAAAUUGACGGUAAUGGAGAGCUUCUUUACUCCACCUCAGAGGACAGUGGAGAUGAAUAUAUUCCAGGCACAAGUGAGGAAUCAGAUGAGAGUGAAGGUUUGCAAUGUGUCGACUCUCUCGUUAAGAAGGAUAUCAUCAAAGAUUUGUUUCACCUUACAAAUACCUCAAAAGCCUCCUCGAUGCCAUCUGUUAUGCACGUUGAUGGACCAUCUCCUCAGCAUAUACCCAAACGUCAGUCCACCAAACGGAAACAAAAGUCACCCAAAAAAGGAAAAGGUCGACAACCGGUUAAAAAGAAGCCAUGGAAGAAAGAGGUCUUGGCUGUUGAGAAGCAUAUGAUGUCAUUCAUCACUACCUGCCGUGUUCCACGGAAGAGCGACUGCGAUGACUGCCUUAAAAAGGAACAAGUAGCACUCAAAAACAGGCAUUGGUCAGCAGUAAAAUUUUACAUUAAAAACAAGAUCACAGAUCUCAAAAGGAGAGUUUAGGGGGAUGUAGGGGUUAUAUAUGGUGACCCUUUUUAUAUUGCUAUUUGUGCUUUGUGACCAUCUCUACAGACCUCCGUGAAGUUGCCCCAUCAGAUGAAAAUUUAUAUAAAAAUGAUGGCAAUAGUUUGUGCGUUUUUUUUUUUUUUUUUGUGUCCUGCUAUUGUUGCAAUAUUUCUCUUAUAGGUUUGAGGUCAAUCAACCUCCCAUUUUGAUUUAAAAAAUGGUGUCAAUUGUUUGUGCUGUAAAAAAUUGUCGUUUGUGCUGCGAUCGUUUUAUAGAUAUUGAGAUAUUAAUUUCGAGUGAAGACGUCAUAACUCCCAUGGCUGACGGAGCUUAUCAACUCUCAAUAACAGAGGGCUGUCCAAACAACUAGCACGAACGUAUCAGGAACGAAUGGCACUUCUGGUCCAUUUUGCGGUUAAUGAGGAGCUGAGGGUGACGUCAUCACUCGUAAUUCAAAUCUCAAGCCCCCCCAUUCACUACAAAAUGGACCCGAAUUCGUUUCUGCUCGUUAUUGACACCCUCGUUAUUGAGACUUGAUACGCUCCGUGAGCCAUGGGAGUUAUGACAUCCUCACUGGAAAUUAAUAUCUAAAUAUAUAUAAAAUGAUACCAGCAUAAACAACACUUUUUACAGCACAAAUGAUUGACAUUUUCAUAUAAAUUUGCGACUGAUGGGGUGGAGGGACUUCACGGAGGUCUGUACAGAUGGUCACAAAGCACAUAUAGCAAUACACGAAGUGUCGUCCUUUUUUUUUUUUUUUAACUUCUGUGUCAUCCUUUUGAAGUUGUGCUGUGGCAAUUGGGGUUCUUGCUUUUGCCAGUUUGCAAUCGCGCUUUAGAAAUUGGGGAUCGUGUUGUGGCAGGUUGCAUUCGUGCUUUUCUUUUGCAAAGUGUUUGGUCUUUUGCAUUUUGCCUCACACCUCUCGGCCAUGGUAGAUAUACACAAACUUAACUAUCAAUGGCAUAACUGUUUGCACUUGUUUCGUCUGUUUUGAAGCGAUACAGCAGUUAAGAGAGAAUAAAGACGAUGACUUACCUUGUGCAUGUUGCACUUCACUGUUACUGGCUAAAACUUUUCGAACUAUAACCCCCCCCUUCGACUUGCGGUUUACGGUCAAGUGUUGCCUAUCUAUGGAUUUUUAGAACCUAAAGUGCACUCCUGCGGCUAAAAGUCGAGUGCAGCCUAUGUAAACAACCAAUUAUUUGUAAAUAUUGCUGAUUGUUUGAACCCCAAACUUUUGAACCGUAGUGUACAGUCUGAAAUUCCAGUAAAUUUUUAUCCAACAUAAGGUAGAAUUUAAACUGUAAAUGUAUCGUAAUUAAUGCAGUGAUAUACAAUGAUCCCUCGUUUUUCGUGGUUAAAGGGGAUCCCCCCAUUAUAAUCGAAAUCGGCGAAGUAGAUGUGUAGCUUAUUUACAUUAAAAAAAAAAAAAAAAUCUUUUUUGUGUGUGUUCAAUGCUUUUACUCAGAUUUAGCAUUGGAAAGAGUAUAGUUUACUAUAACAGUAUAAUUCUUUAAAUUCUUCAUUGACUGAGUCCUCUCAAAUCAACUUGCUGUUUAGCAAGCAAAUAUCAGCGAUGGACUGAGGGCGCAAUGUAGCGAGGGAUCACUGUAGUUCUUAUAUGGCUAUGCAGUGAUUUAUUUGAGCAAUGCUAGAACAACCUGUGCAAAGUUACUACAGAAAUUGAAUAUCAGAAGUCCAAGACAAAGAAUAACUUAAUGCCAAGAGGAAAAAAAAAAAGUUUUAAGGCACAUUCCAUUAAAAUAUUAUGUGUCAGUUUUGACACAUCAAUGGUCACUGAAGAAAAUGCACAUAUAAAAAAAACUUAAUACUACCUGGUCAAUUAGUAGUUUUACGGCAUGUUCUUCGGGUGACAUAGAGUGGUUCCACAAAGUCACAAUGAUCUGACAUUUGUGUGGGUGGUGUGCAUUAUUACCGUCCCCAGAAGUAGGCAUGAUCUGACGUUUUUCUAACUGGUACCCAGAAAGGGAGAAAAACAGAUGGUGUGCAUAGUUACUGACCCCAGAAGAAGGUAUGAUCUGACGUUUGUGUAAGCGGUACCAAGAAGAGAGGAAAAAGCGGUCAGUGUGUAAAGUUACUGACCCCAGAAGUAAGUAUGAUCUGAGGUUUGUGUAAGCGGUACCCAGGAAGGGAUAAAAAACAGGUAUUGUGUAUCGUUAUUGACCCCAUAAGUGACGAAAACGAAAAAAUGUCCCCAUAAGUCGGUCUGUAGUCAGGUCGAUGCCUCUAUACUUUGUCUAAAUGGAAAUUUAAAGUGAUUUUUGCAUUGUACAAUUUUCGAGGAUGCUCCCUGAUUUUUUUCAGCUCUCUACGACAUUCAGAAAGGGUGGUCCCCAUAAUGCACGGUCUUGUCAGGUGUCCCUACAAUGACAGAAAAACAAGGCUGUGUGUGUGUGUGUGUGUGUGUGUGUGUGUGUGUGUGUGUGUGUGUGUGUGUGUGUGUGUCCUCCUUGUUUCCACAGAAGCGCAGGUGAAGUGGGGCAUUAAACAAACACACAAGCAGAUCGCAUCACACUGCAGCUGCCUCAUGUUAGCCUGGUGGGAUCACAUUUAGCUUGCUGUUGUGUGCCUUGUGCACACUAACACGCGCAAGCACGCAGACACACAUAUAGGAAUGCAAUUGUGGCGGUCAAACAAGCCAAAGUUGAGCCGGUCGUUGCUUGUUUCUCAUUUAACGGCAGCGGCAACGCAAUCAAUCUAAUUAGUCGAGGCCGAGCCAAUAACUGAGCCAUAAAUCCUCCCUCCGCCUGCUUUAUUAGUUACUAUGGCAACACCCGCCGUAACCAAGGAGACCGCAACACUUGCUGCCUCCUCCACCCGACCGUUCCCCGUACCGGAGGGGGGAUUCAUGAGCGACGCCCAAACAGCGGAACUCCCAGAACACCACAGAGUCAUCUGGAGAUGCUGAUGAAUUUUGCUACCUGAACAGGUUGCGGAAAGUCAAGCGAACAGAGCACGGUUCGGCAUGGAAACAUCUAGAAAAAGAACAUUCUCAAGUUGUACUUUGUUUACUUUCUGUCAUAUUAAAAUUAUUUACCAAGUAGGCGCAGGUUAUUAAGGGUUAGCGUAGAGUACUGCCAAAAUAAAAGUGGGAAGUUUUCCAUUUAGCGCAGUUCUUGUACAAAGUACAAACGUGAUGAUGUCAUAGUUUAUCAAUGUCGCUAGCGGGGAAUAAAAAGUCAAUUGCAAUACUUCCUUCCUCGUUGUUCAAUUUAAAGACGUCAACAAGCGUUGGCAUCUCAUUUCCUCUAGCCCAUGAUGCGAUGCUGAAUGAUGUGCAAACUAUUGAUCAGCCAUUUGAUACACUGCCGGCAGAAUUUAGCAGAUCCAUAUCACUGCUGCAUUGCUAUUCAUAUUCCGACGGCAUCUUCAAGCGCGCAAACAGGAUGUCUUUGGACUGACCGUCUUUCAGCGAGGAGACGACAUUCAGUGUUUUUCCACCUGAAGUCCUAAGAAUAGUGUCCAAAUGUCAAAGUUUUUUCAAAGGAAGCUGAGAUUGUCAAUUCUAACCACUCCUGAAGACCAAUGGCCAAAAAACUUGUUGGGAAAGUUGGGAUACAUUAAAAUUGGGAGAUUGUGCAGUGAAUCUAGACGCUUCACACAAUGUCAAAAUGAGAUAUAACUAGGGCUGUCAAACGAUAAAAUUUGUAAUCGAGUUAAUCACAGCUUAAAAAUUAAUUAAUCGCAAUUCAAACCAUCUCUAAAAUAUGACAGAUUUUUCUGUAAAUUAUUGUUGGAAUGGAAAGAUAAGACAAAACAAAUAUAUACAUUCAACAUACA